CGUCAGCUGCGCCAGUGUCGGCCCAGCCCAGCUGAAGCACCCCGAGUAUUAGUGGAUCAGUGCGGCUGUACGCGUCUUUGUGCGCGCGAAGGCAUCUGUUCUCGUGUUACAUCUGCCGACGAACGAACGACCAUCAUUUCUUUUAUUUUUUUUUUAAUUUUAACGACGAUUUGUUGUAAGUUGGAGAUCAUCAUAUAAGUAAACAUUCAUUCGUACCAUGAUUCAAACGGACGGCUAUAAUAGCAUGGAGCCCUACGACGAUGGCUACAUGGAACAAGAAGAGGAAUGGGAAAGAGAGGGUUUACUCGACCCGGCCUGGGAAAAACAGCAGAAAAAGACAUUCACGGCAUGGUGUAACAGUCAUUUAAGAAAGGCCGGCACCGGUAUCGACAACAUCGAUGAGGAUUUUAGGAAUGGGUUAAAACUAAUGUUACUGCUCGAGGUUAUCUCCGGUGAAACACUACCUAGACCAGACAGAGGCAAAAUGCGUUUUCACAAGAUCGCAAACGUAAAUAAGGCACUAGAUUUUAUUGCCAGCAAAGGAGUCAAGCUGGUGUCGAUAGGUGCAGAAGAGAUCGUAGACGGAAACCUCAAAAUGACACUUGGAAUGAUCUGGACCAUCAUUCUGAGAUUCGCUAUCCAAGACAUUUCGGUAGAAGAAAUGACUGCUAAGGAGGGUCUUCUACUUUGGUGUCAAAGAAAAACGGCACCGUACAAAAAUGUCAACGUACAAAACUUCCACUUGUCAUUUAAGGAUGGUUUGGCCUUCUGCGCUUUGAUUCAUAGGCAUCGUCCAGACCUGAUCGAUUACAACAAAUUAAGUAAAGACAACCCAUUAGAGAACCUAAACACUGCCUUUGACGUAGCUGAGAAGUACUUGGACAUUCCAAGGAUGUUAGAUCCUGACGAUUUAAUAAACACUCCAAAGCCGGACGAACGCGCCAUUAUGACCUAUGUGUCAUGUUACUAUCACGCGUUUCAAGGCGCCCAACAGGUAGAUUUUUACUUACAGAACACUGCCAUGCCCGAUGAGCGAGCGGUCAUGACUUAUGUGUCAUCCUACUACCACUGCUUUUCUGGCGCUCAAAAGGCCGAGACGGCUGCCAACAGGAUUUGCAAGGUACUUAAAGUCAACCAAGAAAAUGAGAGACUUAUGGAAGAAUAUGAACGGCUGGCAAGUGAUUUGCUCGAAUGGAUCAGGCGUACCAUGCCUUGGUUAAAUUCAAGGCAAACUGACAAUUCAUUGGCAGGUGUUCAGAAGAAGUUAGAAGAAUAUCGAACUUAUAGGCGUAAACACAAGCCACCUCGUGUUGAACAGAAAGCGAAACUCGAGACCAAUUUUAAUACUCUUCAAACUAAAUUAAGGUUAUCCAAUAGGCCCGCCUACAUGCCCACGGAGGGAAAAAUGGUUUCUGAUAUUGCAAACGCAUGGAAAGGUCUGGAGGGAGCAGAAAAAGCGUUCGAAGACUGGCUGUUGUCAGAAAUGAUGAGACUGGAGCGUUUGGAACACUUGGCUGAAAAGUUCAGACGUAAGGCUGACGCACACGAAGAAUGGACCAGAGGUAAAGAAGAAAUGUUGCAGAGCCAGGACUUCCGUAACUGCAGGCUUAACGAACUGAAAGCGCUUAAGAAAAAACACGAGGCUUUUGAAAGUGAUCUUGCCGCACACCAGGAUCGCGUCGAACAAAUUGCUGCUAUUGCUCAAGAGUUAAAUACACUCGAUUAUCAUGACAGUGUAACUGUAAAUGCCCGUUGCCAGCGCAUCUGCGACCAAUGGGAUCGAUUGGGAGCACUAACGCAGCGAAGAAGGCAGGCGCUGGAUGAUGCUGAAAGAAUUAUGGAAAAGAUCGACAUUCUGCAUCUCGAAUUCGCCAAACGUGCCGCUCCAUUCAAUAACUGGCUCGAUGGAACAAGAGAAGAUCUCGUUGACAUUUUUAUUGUACAUACUGUUGAAGAAAUACAGGGAUUAAUUGACGCCCAUUCCCACUUUAAGGCUACAUUGGGAGAAGCUGACAAAGAAUAUCAGAGCAUCGUUGGAUUAGUAAGAGAAGUUGAAAGCAUUGUAAAGCAACAUCAAAUCCCUGGUGGACUUGAGAAUCCGUACACUACACUUACCGCUCAUGACUUGACCAGGAAGUGGGGAGAUGUGAGGACUCUGGUUCCACAGAGAGAUGCAACUCUCCAAGCUGAACUUAGGAAACAACAAAACAAUGAAAUGCUCCGAAGACAAUUUGCUGAAAAAGCUAACGCUGUUGGUCCAUGGAUCGAACGUCAACUUGACGCUGUCACAGCUAUUGGUAUGGGUCUGCAUGGUACUCUAGAAGAUCAGCUGCAUAGGUUAAAGGAAUAUGAACAGGGAGUGUACGCGUACAAGCCGCAUAUUGAAGAACUCGAAAAGAUCCACCAAGCCGUACAAGAAAGCAUGAUUUUCGAGAACAGAUACACACAAUAUACCAUGGAAACACUGCGUGUAGGCUGGGAACAGCUGCUAACAUCUAUAAACCGCAACAUCAACGAAGUAGAGAAUCAAAUUUUAACUAGGGAUUCUAAGGGAAUUACUCAAGAACAACUUAACGAAUUUAGGUCAUCAUUUAACCACUUUGACAAGAACAGAACAGGACGACUUGCACCCGAUGAAUUCAAAUCUUGCUUAGUUUCUCUGGGCUACUCGAUCGGAAAGGAUAGGCAAGGUGAUAUUGACUUCCAGCGAAUUUUGGCCGUUGUGGAUCCUAAUAACUCCGGAUAUGUUCACUUUGAUGCUUUCUUAGACUUCAUGACUAGGGAAAGCACCGAUACCGAUACGGCCGAACAAGUCAUUGAUAGCUUCCGUAUUCUUGCUGCUGACAAGCCCUACAUCUUACCUGAUGAACUGAGAAGAGAAUUGCCCCCAGACCAAGCCGAAUAUUGUAUUCAAAGGAUGCCACCAUUUAAGGGACCCGGAGGUGUACCAGGAGCAUUAGACUACAUGUCCUUCUCGACGGCGCUCUAUGGGGAAUCCGACUUGUAAAACAUAUCAUUCUUUCAAAUCGUAUUCAUCUUCCCUAUAUUUAAGUGGUACCGUAAAAUUUAUCACUGUCACUAUUAUAUUGCCUUUGAUCCCCAUUGUACAAUUCAUUAGUGUUUACUUAUUUAUAUUAUUUAUUAUUUAUUUUUUUAUUCGAAUACCUUAAAGCUACAGCUAAAAGGUAGAGAAAUGCUUUAGGCUUGCUUGAAGGUGGCAUUAAAAUUCUUGCCAUAGGUGAAAAAUAUUUGAGUAGGCCUACUACAGGUUACAUUGCGAAUUAACAUUUUGUCUAGACUGUUUAAAAUAAUGUAAAAACCAAGUAAAGAAGUGAAAGAUAUAUUAAAACCUCUAAACUAAUAAGGCAUAAUUAUAUCUGUAUUUAUAGUCAUAUAAUGUCAAAGUGCCAUUGUAAUUAAACCCAUUUUAUAAAUUAUGCUUAGUUCUACUAUAAUAUCAUGUAAGAGUUUUGGUGGAUUACAGAUAAAUUUUAAAUGCUCUAUAUAUAAUAUGAGUUGGGAAAUGUUUAAGCAAUUUGUAAUCUUCCAAAACUGAAAUUCUUCAUUUAAACUAAGUCAUUUGGAAGAUUUUUACAUUCAGUAAGCUUCUAAUUCUCUUAUAAGACCGCAUGAAAACUGAGUUAUAAAUAUCAUAUUUAUUAUGUAUACCUACAUAGUUAAAACUAUAUUUUGAGAUGUUUAUUAAAACUUUAAGUCGGUGGAGUGAACUAUUUAAUUUGUAUUAUGUUUUAUUAUGUUCAUUUUAUUCAGUAGAUUAUUUAUUUUGAUAAACUUUAUUUUUUAAAACGUCGCGGAGUCUUGAAAUUUUAGUUUUUAUUUAGAUAAUUUAUAUGUUUUAUCAUCUCAUAUACGUAUAUUUUUUGUUUUAAGCGUUAAAUAUAAAAUAAAUAUACAAUUAUAUACA